AUGGAGUCAUAUAAUUCAUACACAACUACCAAUUCAGCUUCUUCGUCAUCUUCUUAUUCCGCCGACCAGUUUUCUUCUGAAAUAUAUCAGCAUGGUCAGGAAGAGAAGAGAUGGAAACAACAACCGCCGCCGCCGCCGCAGGCCCACCGCUCCUCGCUCCACUCCGUCCGCAAGAGCGUGAUUACGAAGAAGCCCAUUUCGCCGAUGCCGGCACCAAACCCUCCGAAGGUGUACAAGGUGGAUCCCGUUGAUUUCAGGGAUGUUGUUCAGAGGCUCACCGGUGGUGCGCCGCCGGAAUUCCUGCCGACGACGCGGCUGCAGGAGGUGGCGCCACCGCCUCUGACAAUUUCUCCACAAGAAGACAAGCCCAGAAAUAAAAGAUUAACGGAGAGUAAUUUUGAGGCAAUUAGCCCACUUGGGUUCAGCUUGUCGCCUUCUUCGCUUGAAUGGUGUUCAUCCAUUCUUUUGACUCCACGAACCCUUUAAUUAAUUUCCUCUUAAUUAAUUUGAAACAACUUCAUUUAUUUUAGAUUAUUAAUUAUAUUGUUCUUUUUCUUUGCAACUUCAUUUUAUAAUGGAUUUAAUUUAUAAUACGUCGUCGUUUAUGUACUCAGUUUAUCGUGUCAUUUUUAUUUUAUUUUGUUAUUAUUUACUUCUAUUUUUUUAUGAAGAAAA